AGUUAGUGAACUAACUUAGAAUCCUUUCCUCUUCCCACUCAUUUACAUCUUUCGCCUAUUCCUUACACUCCUCAUAACUUUUGAAUCCCUAUAUAUAUAAAUCUUUCCGCUUGUGGCUUGCUUGUCCAACAACAAGUAUAUCUAUCUUCUCUACUCAUUUCAAAAAAACACAAUGGCUUUCAUAACGAAGCUCCUCGCAGUUCUCCUUGCCGCUCUGGUAGCAUCAUCCCUCGCGGCCUCGGCUAGAGGAGUGAAGUGGGGUUCGAGCCUAGCAGCACGCCUCAAGUUUGCAGAAGAGUGGCCUAGCACCUGCUGGGAAGCGUUAUCGGAGCUUCAAUCUUGCGGGGGAGAAGUGGUCAUGUUCUUCCUCAAUGGACAGACUGCGCUUGGAGCCAACUGCUGCAGCGCCAUAAGAGUGAUCGAGCAUCAGUGCUGGCCAUCGAUGCUCGGAACACUCGGCAUAACUACUCAAGAAGGUGACCUUCUCCGUGGCUACUGCGAUGCUGCCACCAAUGCCGACGGUGGCACCGCUCCUCCUCCUGCAUCCACCGUCGACCAAUGCUACAGUUUCCCACGCUUGCAACACUGAAUUGUAGUACUAUUCUCUAUAUAUUAUGGCACUUUACUAAUUAAGUGAUCAAUAACACUUUUUUGUCGUUCACAUCUAA